GCGUGCAGGUCUGGGUUACCCUGCUCUGUGCCACCGUGCUUGUGCUCAAAGCCGAGCCCGGCACCUCCUGUAGCCUACAGAUGCUCCCAUAUGUUGCUGCCGCUGCUCCCCUGGAUGCUCGACGCGAGCAGUGCUUCCGACGGGGCAGCGCUCCUCUCGGGCGGGCUCACCACGUGGCCCCUUCGCAGGCAGUCCUGGAGCCAUCUGUGUGUCAGAUGCCAGUGACCUUCAGAGAUGUGGCCCUGUACUUCUCCAGGGAAGAAUGGGAGUGUCUCAGCCUUAGCCAGAGAGCCCUCUACCGGGAUGUGAUGCUAGAAAACUUCAAGAACUUCACUGAAGUGGGAUACUAUGGCCCUAGACCAGACCUUAUUUCUCACCUGGAACAGUGGGAUGAACCAUGGAUUGAAGAUCAGGACAGACCUGAGUUUCUAGAAGCACAAAAAGGUAUCUGCCCAGGAGGCAGAAAGUCCAUAGAUCAUAAGAGACCUGGUGACAUGGUUUCAGCUCGUGAGAGGGCUCAUUCUGGGACAAGAGCAGAGAGAGGGGCUACCUUGAAGAAGAGUGUUCUUCUCAUACCCAGAGCCACCUCUGGGAAGAAAGUGGACAAACAGGAAGCUUUCCAGAACCAUCUGUGUGGGAAAUCCUGCAGGAAGCAGCUAGGCCUCAAGGAGCAGUGCAAGAGUGGUGCACAGGGACAUCCCUUCAUCUGUGGCACAUGUGGGAAGGCACUGAGCUGCCACAGCCGCCUGGCUGCUCACCAGACAGUGCACACUGGAACUAGGUCCUUUGAGUGCUUUGAGUGUGGCCAGACAUUCCGCUGGGUUUCAAACCUUCUUCGCCACCAGAAGAAUCACACAAGUGAGAAGCCCUUCUGCUGUGAGCUAUGUGGACAGGCCUUCAGCUUGAAGGACCGCUUGGCACAGCAUCGCAAAAUCCACACUGAACACCGUCCAUAUGUGUGCAAUGACUGUGGGAAAGCCUUCAAACAGAAGUCAAACCUCCUCCGGCACAAACUUGUUCACACUGGGGAGAGGCCAUUCUACUGUGACAAUUGUGGGAAAACCUUUCGUACUAAAGAGAACCUCAGCCACCAUCAGCGGAUUCACAGUGGAGAGAAGCCCUACACCUGUGGCCAGUGUGGGAAGGCCUUCAGGUGGCCCAGGGGCUUCAGCAUCCACCAGAGGCUGCACUUGAGGAAGAGAUUCUAUGAGUGUGAGCACUGUGGGAAGGGCUUCCGCCACCUGGGCUUUUUCACGCGGCAUCAGAGGACUCACGGGCGUGGAGAAGUAUAGAUGCACUUGUGGGCAACUGGGCCUUCCCUGUUCUGGACCUUGGAAGAACUGCAUCAGGUGCUCUCAAGCCUAGAAGCCAUGUAGUCCUUGAAUGAACUGUUUGUAGCUUCCCGAGUUAGCGGAAGUUCUGCCAGGAAAUUAACACGGGGAAGGGGACCUGAAGUAUGCAGUCAGAGUGGGUCACAGCUGUCCUUAGUGUCACUUGUGUGCACUUUCUCUUCUAGCUCUUUCGCCUUGUCUGUUUGUGGGAAGGAGGUUUGAGGCUUGAGCAGAAGUAAAGCUUACUCUUGGAGCUGGCAAGAUGGCCCAGUGGGUAAAGCCACUGCUGCAAAGCCUAAGAACCCAAGUGUCCCAGGGACCCACAUGGUCAGAGGAGAGAACCAAAUGCCCUAAGUUGUUCUCUGACUUUCCACAGCACAUGUGUGCAUACAGACACAUGAUAGAUACAUAAAUAAAUGAAAAUUAAAAUCCUCUUCAACCUCAACAGAUGGCCAUAGAAACAAACACCCUUGUUAAAGGGCUAUAAAAAGACCUGGAUUCAUACUAGGGUACCUAGUAUUUGGGCAUGUGUGGAAGCAGCAACAACAAAUUGCACAGAAGCACAUGGGUGGUAGAAGUUUGUUAAGAUAUCCUCAUCACUCACCGUUUCCCUAGGAGCUUAUUCAGCUAGAGAUACUGGAUCUUUAGUUGUAUUUAUUUGGUUUCAUUAAAGUAUAACUAGGUUAUUUC